UCCUGUUGUUGAUGCUGGUUGUUCGAACAUGGCAUCCCCACGCAUUCAACACCACUAUGCACUUCAUACAAUGCUGCCAACAAAGGUCCUGCAAGUUGCAUGCCCGUCCCCGCUUACCUACUCAGUAUGCCUGCCACCCAGUUUGACACGGAUAGCUGCCUCUAGGAUACAGGUUGCGGAAUUCCGGCUCGACUCGGAAAAGGCUGCAGGGGCUCCGCCUGCGACACCACAUGUGCUAAGAUCCCAUCAUGUCGCGACAGGAUUCUGAGGUGGGUUCAACAUGGGCGAGGGCUGCAGAUCAUUGCGCACCGAGUGACAGCCCAUGGCAAGGGACUCCCUAUACACGCUUACUCGAGCGAUCUACGAAUACAUGUACGUACGGAAUUGCGGUACCUUUUUGGAUUCGGAUCUUCCUCUAUUUUGUUUCACG